CCUGCGGGGCUGGGUUCCACUUGUAGGCCUGCCAGGAUGGAGGGGCAUGCUGAAAUGGAGAUGCUGAGGACACUGAAGGGGCCCUCCACAGGAGAGGUCAGCGUGCACCUGGUGGCCAGAGACAGUCCAGGUUCCGGCUCUCACCUGCCCACUACUGCCUUCAUCAUUCCAGCGAGUUCAGCCACCCUUGGUCUGCCCAGCAGUGCCCUGGAUGUGACCUGCUUUCCGCGAGAGCCGAUCCAUGUUGGCGCCCCAGAGCGAGUGGCCGGUAGCGUACCUGUCACUGCCACCAUUCUGCCGCAGUUAAGCGCCGGGCCGGCGGCCAGCCCCAGCACCAGCACAGUGCGGCUCCUAGAGUGGACAGAGGCCGCGGCUCCGCCUUCUGGGAGUGGCUUGAGGUUCCGGAUAAGCGAGUAUGCGUCUCCGAACAUGGUGGGAGCAGAGCAGCCCCCGAGCCCCGAGCUGCGGCGGGAAGGCGUGGCCGAGUACGAAGAUGGCGAGGCCCCGGCGGGAGGCGCUGAUGCGGGCCCCCAACAGCCAGCGGAUCUCCCCCAGGCCGCUCCAGAAGAUCCCCCUCGGGACCCGCCAGAGGAUGAUGGCACCUGCCAAUGCCAGACGUGUGGGCCUCAGCAAGGCGCCGGUCCAGAUCCUGGUUCCUCUAAUGAUGGCUGCCCCCAACUGUUUCAGGAGCGGUCAGUCAUAGUGGAGAACUCAGGCCAGAACAACUCCUGCACCAGUGCUUCUGAGCUCCUCAAACCCAUGAAGAAGAGGAAACACAGGGACUAUCAGAGCCCAUCCGAGGAAGACUCAGAGCCAGAGGCCAUGGAGAAGCAAGAAGGAGGAAAGGAUCCAGAGGGACAACCCACCGCCAGCACCCCAGAAAGUGAGGAGUGGAACAGCAGCCAGCCCACCUCAGGGGAGAAGAAGGAGGGCUGGUCGUGGGAACCCUAUCUGGAGGAACAGAAGGCCGUCACUGCCCCUGUCAGCCUCUUCCAGGACUACCAGGCGGUCACUCAUAACAAGAAUGGCUUCAGACUGGGCAUGAAGUUAGAAGGCAUCGACCCGCAGCACCCGUCCAUGUACUUCAUCCUCACCGUGGCCGAGGUGUGCGGCUACCGCCUGCGUCUACACUUUGAUGGGUAUUCCGAGUGCCACGACUUCUGGAUCAAUGCCAACUCCCCUGACAUUCACCCCGCCGGCUGGUUCGAGAAGACAGGGCACAAGCUGCAGCCCCCCAAAGGUUACAAGGAGGAGGAGUUUAGCUGGAGCCAGUACCUGCGCAGCACAAGAGCUCAGGCUGCCCCCAAGCACCUGUUUGUGAGCCAGAGCCACAGUCCCCCACCCCUGGGCUUCCAGGUGGGCAUGAAGCUGGAGGCUGUGGACCGCAUGAACCCAUCCCUCGUCUGCGUGGCCAGUGUGACCGACGUGGUGGACGGCCGCUUCCUCGUGCACUUUGACAACUGGGAUGACACUUAUGACUACUGGUGUGAUCCCAGCAGCCCCUACAUCCACCCGGUGGGCUGGUGCCAGAAGCAAGGAAAGCCCCUCACCCCUCCACAAGACUACCCAGACCCUGACAGCUUCUGUUGGGAGAAAUAUCUGGAAGAAACCGGGGCCUCUGCUGUGCCCGCCUGGGCCUUCAAGGUGCGACCCCCGCACAGCUUCCUGGUCAACAUGAAGCUGGAGGCCGUGGACCGCAGGAACCCAGCCCUCAUUCGUGUGGCCAGCGUGGAGGAUGUGGAGGAUCAUCGGAUAAAGCUCCACUUUGAUGGCUGGAGUCACGCCUAUGACUUCUGGAUCGACGCCGACCACCCCGACAUCCACCCCGCGGGCUGGUGCUCCAAGACAGGGCAUCCCCUGCAGCCUCCUCUCCGACCCAGAGAGCCCAGCUCUCCCUCCCCUGGGGGCUGUCCCCCUCUCAGCUAUCGGAGCCCCCCCCACACUAGGACCUCCAAGUACAGCUUUCACCACCGGAAGUGCCCCACUCCUGGCUGUGACGGCUCCGGCCAUGUCACCGGCAAGUUCACAGCUCACCACUGCCUCUCAGGCUGCCCCCUGGCCGAGAGGAACCAGAGCCGGCUGAAGGCGGAGCUGUCGGACACGGAGGCCUCGGCCCGCAAGAGGAGCCUCUCGGGCUUCUCCCUAAGGAAGAAGCCUCGCCAUCACGGUCGGUGCGGAGGGCAAGGCUGCAGGGCCUCCAGUCCUCCCGGGCCUGGCCAGGCCCUGAUUCCUGGCCCCGGAGCCGGUCCUUCUCUCUCCAGGAUCGGACGCCCUCCAAAGUAUCAGAAGAUCCCACAGGAUGAUUUCCCAACCCUGACCGCCGACGUCAUGCACCCGUCCCUCUUCAUGUCGGCCCUGUCGGCCCACCCCGACCGCCCACUGUCUGUGUGUUGGGAGCAGCACUGCAAGCUCCUGCCGGGAGUGGCGGGCAUCUCGGCCUCGACAGUAGCCAAGUGGACCAUCGAUGAGAUGAUUGACGGCGAGGCCUUCCUUUUGCUGACACAGGCGGACAUUGUGAAGAUCAUGAGCGUCAAGCUGGGCCCAGCCUUGAAGAUCUAUAACGCCAUUCUCAUGUUCAAAAACGCCGACGACACCUUAAAGUGAUGGGCUCAGGGCUGCGGCCGAUGCUUCCUUCCCGACUCGAGUUCCACCUGCCCCAUCGGUGCCCCCCCAACCCCCACCCUCUGUACCUUACCAGCGGUGGUCCUUCUUUCCCGGGCUGCUUCCUUCAAGGUGCAGGGGAGCCCUGGGGAGGAUGGAGUCCUAGCCCCUGAACCUGGAGCUCACCUGCCACCAGGUACCCGGGCGAGGGUGUGUCGGGGCAGGGGGAGCCUUACUGAUGGAGAAGGUUGAAGGUACCACAUCUCCAGCCGACCUGUUUCAUCACCAAAGGGCCUUUCCCGUAGCAGUUUAGAACAGUUUGGUAGAAUGGGACUCCUCCAGCCUGAGGCUCUUUUCUCUUGGGCCUCUAUCUCUCCAUGUUCUUCUUUCCUUGUCUCCUUUCCUCCUAGCAGGAAGUGACCCUGCUGUGAACAUAUUUACUCAAAAAGGAGCACCCCCCGCCCCUCCCCCAUCUCCCCACCCCUGCCAUUCUGUCCUUCUGUUGCUGGUUUUGCUACCCCCUUUCUGCUGCCUGGUUUCCUGGGCAACGCCGCCAGCCUCGGCCCAGCCAGACCCCGCUGGCUCUUCCCCCUUAGACCACUGAGCCCCAGAGACCUGUCUUCACAGGACCCACUGGGAGGCUGCCUUUCUCCCUUCUGCCCGCAAGUGGGGGGUUCUGAGCCAGGAUGCCCUCUUCGAUAUGCCCAGUUCUGGACCACUUGGCACUUUAAGUCCAUGCCCCAUCCUGCUUCCUGCAGAGUGGGUGGUGAGAACCUGUUGCACCUCUGUAGCAGAGGUUAAGCUUCCGCAGGUGUUACCAUGCACCCCGCCUGUGUCAAGUGUGGAGAGGAGGCAGCCUGGCUGGCUAGGUGGCCGAGGCCAGCCCCAGGUACAUCAGAUCAUCUGGGGCUUUGGCCAGCGGGGCAGCGCCAGCAAGCAUGGGGCUGUGAAGGCUGGGCAUGGCAUCCUUCUCUGUGGAUAUGGGUCUCAGCCAAGAUGUUGCCCAGGGGGGAAGGGCCCUUGCUCGCCAGGCCUCCUGCCACAGGAAUGUAGCACUCUGCCUGGCUCUCCCGACCCCUAGCCUCACGUUCAACCGGCCCCUCAAACGUCUUGCUCUUGGGGAGUUGGGAAGGCAAAUUCUUCUACCUUUAAAUUCUCCCAUGUUCCCUUAAACCUCUCUCACCACUCUCUGUCUGUCCUGCACUGCUAGCCGGGUACCUGCUGGAGCUCUGGGACUUUGAUUUCUGUCCAAGCAGGGGCCUAGCCUGAACCACUGCCAAACCUGCCUCCCAGGCUGCAGUGGGCAGGGGCGGGGGAAGAGGCCCGGGCAGGAGCCAGCCCUACAUGUGGAGGCGAGGCGUCUGGGCCAAGCUCCUGUGGCCUCUGGUGCUGAGGAAGGCCUGCAGGGUGUGGAGCCAGGGGCCUUCCUGGACCCCUCUCUCUGUUGUAUGGUGUUUCUGUGUGCUUGCGUGUAAGGCCCCCUCAGAAGUGUUGGACGGGUGCAGAUGGCAGGCUCGGUGUUGGGAAAAUGUCAAGGGCUAUUGAUGUUAAAAUAUGAAAGCUUUAUCUUUGGGAAACCCAAAGCUCUGAUGGUCUCCCGUCCCAGCCCAGCAGGGGGUGCUCUCUCACAGAUGCCUGGGCAGCUUGGCCCCGGGGUAUUCAUUCAGCCCCCCAGCUGAAUGGCUGCAGGGCUCCAAAAGGUCUUCAGAGGCACCACCUUCCUAGAUGGGCUUGGACAGACCGGGCCUGGGCUGGAGGUUGGGUUUACAGAGGCAGCAUUGAGGCCCCCUUGGCCAAACGUAAGGAGGAGCCAUCUCAGCUUCUCUCUCUCAGUCGUGUGGGUGGCGGUAAAACCCACCAGCUCCAUGGCCUCUUUCACGCCUCCAUGAACCCGAGGGGUGACUCUGUGGUGCAAGGAGGCAGCUGGUCCACACAGCAGCGUUGUAGGGCUUUACCACUUCUAAGGAGCGUGGCUGGCGUGCUCUGGCACGUGGGUCUGUCCACUGCCAUCCUAGUGCUUGUCCACAGGAAAGCCAGGAUGGACCAAGGGCCUUGGAGAGAAGGCCCCAGACCUCUGAGGUUUGAGGCCUCGGCGCUUUCAGCACCAAGGUCAAAUUCUGGAAAGAAACCAAAUCAUAAAAAAUGCCUUCUGUUCACCCUGCUGGCCCUUCACCCCAUCCCUUCCCCACAUGAGAUGGUUACACCUCGACUUGGGUGCGCCGUGAGGGGUGAGGGGUGGGAGUUGGUGCCACUGCCCUGUAUCCUCCGCCCUGCUCUCCAGCCGCAGGAACUGCCUACACUUUGGCCCCUGGCAGCCUCUCCCAGCCCUGGCCCAGCCCUGGCCGAAGGCAGUGAGACGCUUUCUGUUUAAUUUUCAGAGCAAAGAGAAUGAUCCCAGAGUUGGAAAAUGAAGUUUUGCACUUUAAUUCACAUGCACUUUGGUGGAGUUAACGUUUUUUUGUACUUGCCUGUGAGAGUGUGUGUGUGUGUGUGUGUGUGUUCGUGCGUGCACACAGGUGUGUGUUCUUUAAGAGGAUCUUCUGCUUUAAGUCACUGGUGACUCUUGAGAGAGAAAAAGUUACAAACAAAAUGUGAUGUAUUUUGUCAGUGUAUUGAUACAACAUAAAUAAACUCUAAGAAUGGGA